AUUAAAUUUAAACUCGUGAAGGAUAGAGGGUUGAAAGACCCAGGAAAGUGCCAUCGUUCGAUAAAAUACAUUUAAUUUGAUCGCCAAGAGAUUCGAUAUUAUGUCUCGAGCGCAAGCGGAAAGCGUUAUAAAGAAUAUUAUCCGAGAAAUUGCACAAGAAUGUGCUGGAAAAGGACAGGUUGUUUCUGAGACACUUGUUGCGUUCAUGGUAAAAGCUGUUGUUCUUGAUCCAGAUAAUGGUUUCAAUGUUGAUAGAACUUUAACAAAGGCUGAUGUUGAAAAGCUAAUCAAGACAUGUGUUUUCAGACUGCUUGAAAAGGAUUCUCCCUCACUAGAUACAGUCAAGAUGCAGGUUUACUUUGACAUGAAUUACACAACAAGAGAAGAUUUCUUAGAAGAACAUCGUAGAGUUUUGGAUUCAAGGUUACAACCGGUUGUAAGAGAAAUUACAGACAGUAGGGCUCGCACUAGAGAAGAACUUGAAGUUUUAUAUACACGUAUUGUUUCUUGUGUAUUGUUACGAUCUGGUUUGGGUUCUCCAACAGACAUUGGUGUUGUCAGAGAAGCUACUGCCGCAUUACAGAGUGUUUUUCCACAAACAGAACUUGGAACUUUUAUGUCUUUGGUGAAGCGAGACAAAGAAAGACAAUUAGUUGAAUUAGCACUGAUAGUGACAGGAAUUCGUUUGUUUAAUCGCGAAUGUGGUAAAGGUGGAGAAGGAGUUGAUGACAUCCCAGCAGUAUUAAAAGAAGCAAUCCCAGCUACUAUUCAAAGUGUUGCAGAUGAAAUAAAAACAGUUGUUAAUAGAGCAUACACUUAUACUGCUGUUCUUGAAAAUGCUUGUUUGCAUCAGAAUUUUCCGAAUACAUUGGAUUGGGCGAAAUUAAAAGAUGCACACUUCAAUACGCGCCAACAUGAACAUUUUUUAAACGUACUUUUGUAUGACAUCAAAGGCUGUGCAGCAGAGGUUGAAUCUCUAGAAGCAAAAUUUCAAGCCAGAAUGGAAAGCGUUAGGGUUACUGUCUCCUCUAAAACAGCUGUUCCAACCGCGCAAGUGUAUCCUCAAUUCAUCAACUUAGCUCAUCACUGGGCUGGCUUUCAAGAUGAAAUGGUUCUGCUUAGUGUACUGAGUAAUGUCCUGUCAAGCCUUGACCAGUUCGCUGAUGUGCAUAAUAAAUUGUUUAGUGACGAAGUAUUGUCAACGUAUUUGCAAGGUGUCACUGUGAAAACAGAUAUGGAUAGAAUGAGAGAGACGAAUACAAAUGAAAAUCGCAUCAAUCCUGCUAAAAUCCUCACCAAAACGAUUAGUGUCUUAUUUCCACAAACGACAACAAAUUUCGAACAUCUACCGAUAUAUGGGAAGGGAUUCUGUCCAUGGUCUUUAGCUACAUAUAACGGCUUAUUGAUUCCUGCAAACCCUUCCAACGGAGUGAUUGAGUACAACGAAGGCUACUACGCUUUUUCCACCGCAGAGACUGCGUAUGAGUUUGCAGCUGAUCCCGAGUACUUUAUCACAGGGGUAUCUGAUGUGGCUAAAAAAUCACCAGAACUUAUUCAACUGCUGGAGUUACACAAACAAUUUGCUGCGAUUACGCCAUACGCCCAGGGAAAAGACAAAGGUUUGAUUCAAGCACAUGUUGCUAAGGCUGACAUGGGUACACAAACAGAACUUCAUCCUAUAGAAACAAAUCUGGUGGAUACAUAUGAAUGGAAUGAAUGGGAGUUAAGACGAAAAGCUUUGAAAUUGGCUAACUUGCGCACCAAGAUAACUCAUUCUGUUCAAACAGAUCAAAGCAACUACAGAAGAGAUAACGCCACUCAAGUUUAUUUACCAAAGGAGGUAGACACACAAACUAAACGAGAUAAUUCCACAAAUGUUCCAAAGCCUUCUGUUUACAUUGCUGGAUUGCGAGGUUGUGGAUCGACGCGAACUAAAAUGACGAAAGUGGAUCUCACUUUGGAUGUGGACCAAAGUUAAUUAUCAAAAUAAUGUGUCAGUAUAUUGUAUACUAAAUUAAUAAUUAAUAAUAAAUUUUUAGUGAACUAAUCAAGUUUUUAUAUGUAAAUAUUUUUUAAGAUUUAAAUUAACUGUAAAUACAAA